AUGAUCGCUCUGCAGCAGGCUGCUCCCGUACCAGAUCCUCUCUCAGUCCCGUCAAAUGCCCCAGAACACUGCCCAGGUACCGAGUCCGAGCUUGCGGGCAAGGCGGAUGCCUGCGCCGGCUGCGCGAAUCAAGAAAUUUGCGCAUCGGGCCAGACAAAAGGCCCAGAUCCGGCACUGCCUCUCAUCCGCCAGCGUAUGUCUACCGUGAAGCGCAAGAUUUUGGUCCUUUCUGGAAAGGGCGGGGUCGGCAAGUCCACUUUCACCGCCCAACUUGGCUGGGCAUUCGCAGCAGACGAACACCUACAGACUGGUAUCAUGGACGUAGAUAUAUGCGGCCCAUCCAUUCCCACUAUCCUCGGCAUCGCGACUGAGCAGGUCCACUCUUCGUCUUCCGGCUGGUCGCCCGUGUACGUUCAGGAUAACCUCGGCGUCAUGUCGGUCGGUUUCAUGCUUCCCUCAUCAACGGAUGCAGUCAUGUGGCGCGGGCCAAAGAAGAACGGGCUCAUAUCACAGUUCCUCAAGGAUGUGGACUGGGGCGAGCUCGACUACCUCGUUAUUGACACGCCGCCCGGCACAUCCGACGAACACCUCAGCGUCGUACAAUACCUCAAGGAGAGCGGCAUUGACGGCGCUGUUGUCAUCACCACCCCGCAAGAGGUUGCGCUGCAAGACGUGCGGCGUGAAAUAGACUUUUGCAAGAAGGUUGGCAUCAAUGUACUUGGACUAGUGGAGAACAUGUCUGGCUUUGUAUGCCCGAGUUGUAGAAACGAGUCGCAGAUCUUCAAGCCGAGCACAGGCGGCGGACGGAGACUUGCGCAGGACAUGGGCGUGGACUUCUUGGGUGCUGUGCCGCUCGACCCUCGUAUAGGAAAGAGCGCGGAUUAUGGUAUUAGCUUCCUGGACGAGUAUCCCGACAGUCCAGCAGGCACGGCGUAUUUAGGCAUCAUUGAUAAAAUCAAGCAGAAACUAGGAGACUAA